GCAGCCUCUGGGGUUCAGUUACCGCAUGGUUGUUGCCUUUUGCUUUUGCAAAUCCAGGUCCAAUACCGUCUUCAAGUCCGCUAUCACCAUUAGAUCCCGAGAAUAUUCAGCAUUCAGCAUGAGGGACAUGGCCAACGCAGGAGAACGGGUCCGAUCUUCGGCAGUGGUGGCACCUUCAGAUCUGUCUCCGAAAUCGGCCCCUGCGCCGGUCGCUGCCGAGCCCGGAGCCGGCGCCUUCAUCGCUCAAGACGUCGGACAUCACCAGCGGCCCUCGACAGCGGCGUGUUCCAGGACUCCUUCUCCCGUACCAGCCGCCAGCCAGGCCAUAGACACAGAGCCAGGCCUGCUCGCCUGGCUCUGUGUUCUCGGCGCCUGGCUCUUCUUGCUGCCAACCUAUGGAUUAAUGAUGGCAAUCGGCGUUAUCCAAUCCUACCUUCAGCUACACCAGCUGAGCGCCUAUUCGGCCCGCGACAUCGGUUGGAUCUCGGGCAUGAUCACCUUCCUGGCCCUGCUUCUGGGCAUCCAGGUCGGGCCCGUUCUCGACGUCUACGGCUCCCGCCACCUCGCUCCCGCUUCUGCCGUCCUUGUGACCGCCAUGUUCUUCCUGCUGGCCGAGUGCGAGGCCUACUGGCACUUUAUGCUCUGCCUGGGCGUCCUGGGCGGCGUCGGCGGCGCCCUGGCGUCCACCGUCGCCAUGUCGUGCGUCGCCAAGCUGUUUGUGCACCGCAGGGGCCUCGUCGUCGGCAUCGCCAUGAGCGGCUCCUCCGUUGGUGCCAUCGUCAUCCCACUCCUCCUCCGCCAGCUGUUCCCCGCCGUCGGCUGGACCUGGUCCAUCAGAGCGCUGGCCUUCUUUGUUGCCGGCAUCAUGGGCCUCGGGGUUUUGUGCCUCAUGCCCUAUCAACGCUUGAUUGUCAUCUCUGCUGCUUCCUCACUGGUCAGCAGCAACCAGGACGCCACCGCUCUACCGAUGCAUGUUCCCGGCCAAGGCCCGGAUACCGCCCGCACGGGAAUUGAACAGCUCGGCCUUGAGGCGGGGCAGGUUGAUGGAAACCGGCGAGGAACUAACCCUGCCAGUCCUGCUCCCCACAGUCUGCAGAAACGAUCGGCCGUGCUGAACUUCUCCGCCUUCAACUCCCCGUCCUUCUCGCUCAUCACCGCGGCCCUCUUCCUCAUCGAGUUCGUCGUCUACGGCAUCAGCGGCCUGCUCCCUACGUAUGCCAUCGUGGCCGGCUUUAGCCCCCAGACUGGCUAUGCCCUGGUGGCGCUCGCGAACGGAUGCGGAUGCUUGGGCCGCAUCAUCCCGGGCAUAUGCGGUGACCACUUUGGGCACUUCAACGUGCUGCUCGUCACCAUCGGGCUUACCUUGCUGUUCAUGGCCACCAUCUUUGUUCCCUUUGCAUCUCGAUCGCUCGAGGCCCUGUAUGCCUUUGCCGCCCUCUGGGGGUUCGGGUCGGGGUCGUUCCUAGCACUCACUCCAGUAUGCAUGGGCAAGACAUGCGACCCCAAGGAUUACGGACGUUACUUUGGCACCAUGAACUUUGUUGUCAGCUUCUCGCUCCUCAUCUGCGUGCCCAUCGGGGGUCACAUGCUGGAGGUGAUGGGACCAACGGCUCUUUCCGGGUUUUAUCUAGCUAUUGUCUUCUUGGCUGGCGCGUGCUUCUUUGGCGCCAGAGCGCUACUGGCUGGCAGUCUGACGAACUUUGGGGAAAGGAUCUGAAUCCGGGCAUCACAUCCAGCUUGCUCCUCAAUGGUUACAGGACAUCUAUUACAUGUCAAUUUGUCAUGCUCGUGUUCGCAAUGCAGUGGACACCACACUCAACCUUGGUUUCAGUUGACCAUAAAUCCAUAUCCAUCUUCAAGAUUUGUC